UGGCCUUAUACAUCUGAAAGGACUGUCCUUAUUUCCACUGUGUUUUUUGUCUCAAAGGUGAGGAAAUGACAGGAGAAGAGAUGAUUUCAAAGGCUGUCCCAUGAGCUCCAACUUAGAGACAGAAGUUUGGCUAAGUAAAGACAAUACGCAUUUAUGUUCCCCCAGAGGGAAUGAAUUCGCUUCUGUUUAGGAUUUCUGUGUCUUCGCUUGAGAAAGUCUAGGUACUUGUAGACAUAGAGGAGACGAUGUGUCCCACUGGAUGUGUGUUGAGGAAUCCAUUUGUGGGCAUAAUAGUGCUAAACAGUGGUUACAUACGGACUGAUAUGAAGCCCGGGAAUAGUUGAAAAUUGGGUGAAUCAGAAAUGGAAUACAAUCAUAUUUUUAUAUGGUUUCUAGCUCUCCUCUCUCCUGCCUUAAAUAUCUUGACCUCAUUCUGGCUGUCUCACUACUAAAUAGGCAAAUUUACUUUUAGCAAGGCUGCUUCUUUUAAGACUGUGCGUCCAUCUCCUGGACAAAUUUGGAAUAGCAAGAAAUUUGUUAGGCAUUAAGGAAAGGGACUUUUCCAGGCAGCAGCCGCUUAGAGCUGGCCGCUUCUGAGAAUGUUCGUCUUCCCAGGCCUGGCUCACAUUUUCAGUGCUUAACGCGCAUGGCGCUUUAUGCGCAAUAUUACUUAAUUCUUCCCUCAGCCAUUGGGAGCUAAGGACGAACUGUUAUCCCAAUUUUACAGGUGAGGAAAUCAGAGCUUAUUUAAAUAAAUUGCCGAGGUCACACAACUAGUAAGCGACAAAAUCUCAGUCAAACCGAGGCUCUUUUGGUUCAAAGAUGUGUAUUGAGCUCUGCUCUGCUCUGCAGGGACAGAACUAAGUAUGUUUGCUAUUCAGGGGAUACACAGUCAUUCCAUGAGCAAGUUACACAAUGUAAGAUAAGGACAUUGUGAAAAACAAAACCAUACCGUACAUAAUGCACUUUAUAGUAAAGUACUGGGAACAGAGUAUUUGGUAAAUUGUAACUAUAAUAAUAAUUUUAAACAGAUCCACAAAUCACACUUAUUAUUAUAUUCUGUUUCACCCGGGCUUUGCCAAGCUUCCCACAUUUGUACUAGAUCCUCUUGGCUUUAGUUUCUCCCCAGUUCUCUACCCUUUGAAUUCACUCCAAAGCUUCCCUAGAAUCUUUGCUCUCCUAGAAAUUAGAUUAAACAGGCACCUGCUCACAUCAUACAUCCCCUGCCCUUGUCACCAGACAUGCACACAUCCAUCUUCUGGGAUUUCCGUUCUCUUGCGGAAAAGUCUGCAUGGGAAGCUGAGGCAGAACCAAGUCCACCAGACUCCGAGGAAAGAGAAGUUUGGACCCUGUAACCAGAUAGAAGUGAAGCCAGGACUUCAUUUAUUCCACAAAUACUUUUUGACUACCUAUAGAUGACAGGCACUGUUCAAGGCAUUGAGGUUCCCACAGUGAACAAAAGAGACAAAAACGUCUGCCUUUGUGAGUUUAUAUCAUAGUGGAAGGAAAUAGACAAUAAAAAUAAGUAAAAUAUAGACAUUGGUAUGUAGAUGGUGAUAAAUGAUAAGGAGAAAUAUAAAGACAGAUCGGAAGUGACAACAGUGGGGAGGUGGAAUUGGUAUCUGCAUUUAACGUUGUUUUCUAACAGCAAAUUCAGGGUGGGGCAGAGAGCAGUGAGAAAAUGAGGCCCUUAUGCUCAGCGCCCCCAACCCCGCCUCGGUGGGGUCACUAUUCAUUUUGGAACAUUGCCCUUGGGACCAGCAUAUUCUCAGUGGUCCUUGUGAAGGUUUCCACCCUAAGUCCCUCAUCCUCACCAGGCAAUAUUCAUUCCCCUACAGCAAACUCCGGAGGCAACGCGGAGAAAGUGUGAAUCAAUUCAAGACUAAGGUUGCCAAAAUGUUUGAUCAGCUCUGCGUCAGCCGUGACAUUACAUUACAUUACAUUACAUUACAUUACAUUACAUUACAUUACAUUACAUUACAUUACAUUACAUUACAUUACAGAUCCCCUGAUCGCCACCGUCGCAGAAGCUCUGAAUUAAAAGCGUGCAUGUAGCUGCACACCCAUUGCUGGCACUUCUUCCGUUAGCCUCCGCUGGAACUGGUUAGUGAGGACCCCUCCAUUUCACAAGACAGCUUCGGUUUUGCUUUGUUUUGACUUCCGCACCCCGAAGCUGUAGCACCAGUUUGUUUUCUCACGGCACAGGGCGGCUUCCGGGGCGCGGCGUGCUGGGGGUUGUAGUGCGCGCUCUCCCUCCUACUUCCAUUACAGAAGGCGAUGGGCCGAGAGCUGAGGAACUACAACUCCUAGAGUACCCCGCGCCGCUGGGACGCCGCGCGGCUGCGGGGCUGGGCGAGCGCAAAGAUGUCCGCGCCCGCUGCCGGGAGGCGAGGCCAACUCGGGAUAUCCCGGAGCUUCUGGGGAGGCGGUCACUCCGACGUCUGAGGACCUGGGCCUUGGACCCGGACUCGUUAUGAAGAGCGAUUCCUCGACCUCUGCAGCCCCCCUCAGGGGGCUCGGGGGACCCCUGCGCAGCAGCGAGCCGGUGCGCGCCGUCCCGGCCCGGGCGCCGGCCGUGGACCUUCUGGAGGAGGCGGCCGACCUCCUGGUGGUGCACCUGGACUUCCGGGCGGCGCUGGAGACCUGCGAGCGGGCCUGGCAGAGUCUGGCCAACCACGCCGUGGCAGAGGAACCCGCGGGCACCUCAUUGGAGGUGAAGUGCUCCCUGUGUGUUGUGGGGAUCCAGGCCCUGGCAGAAAUGGAUCGGUGGCAAGAAGUCCUCUCCUGGGUCCUUCAGUAUUACCAGGUCCCUGAAAAGCUACCCCCCAAAGUCCUGGAGCUGUGCAUUCUUUUAUACAGCAAAAUGCAAGAGCCUGGAGCUGUGCUGGAUGUGGUGGGUGCCUGGCUCCAAGACCCAGCCAAUCAAAACCUUCCAGAAUAUGGAGCCUUGGCAGAAUUUCACGUGCAGCGGGUGCUGCUGCCUCUGGGCUGCUUAUCGGAGGCUGAGGAGCUAGUGGUGGGCUCUGCAGUCUUUGGUGAGGAGCGGCGACUGGAUGUACUUCAGGCCAUUCACACAGCGAGGCAGCAGCAGAAACAGGAACACUCAGGCUCUGAGGAGGCCCAGAAGCCAAACCAGGAAGGCUCUGUCUCCCACAAGUUCCUGUCACUACCGAUGUUGGUUCGCCAGCUUUGGGACUCUGCGGUGAGCCACUUCUUUUCUCUGCCCUUCAAAAAGAGUCUCCUGGCUGCCUUGAUCCUCUGUCUCCUGGUGGUGAGGUUUGAUCCAGCAGGUAGAUGACCAGCGAUGCUGUUUACUACUUCCUACGCAUGCUGAGAUAGAUGAGUGGGACACCAUCUCAGUAGGAAAGAGUUUGACAGGAAGAAGAAAUUGCAGAGUCCCUGCCUGUCCCAGAGAACCUAACAAACUGAUCUAUAUGGAAAGGAUUUUCAGCAAACAUGCACAAACACAGUUAAUAUGCUGGAAGAAGAGGAUAGCUUUUAGUCUAUUUCCAGCACACGGCCUGCACUCACUGGUACCCCAUACAACAGGAAUGAACGCCGACUUAGCAUUUUUGCCUUCACAGCGCUAGCAACUAAAAGGCUCACAGAUACUCUGAUCUUUAAGCAGAUAAUCAUGGAAUUCUCAACAUCAUAUCCACUAGGUUAGGCUGAGGGUUCAUCUAUAAAAGUAUUUUUCCAAAAAUAAUGCUUAAAAGAGACUUCUAGAAACAGUGGGACUGUAUCAGGAUCAACAGAAGACUUCUUGACCCAAAGAUUCAAAUAUAAAACUAGGAAUUGAUUUUCACAUGUAGUUUUUAGGUAAAGGAUAUCUCUUUCAGUUGAUUCCUACAGCCAAGACUAGCUUUGAUCCUGGGAGAUUCAGAAACCUCAAGAUGGGUAGCUGGCUUGAGUAACAUCCUAGAUAACAGUCCCAGUCAAAAACCCCAUUGAGGUUGAAGGACUGGAAACUGACCUGUGUGAAAAAGAGCUAUCAGUGCAGGAAAAGACUCAUGCUGAUUUUGACCUUCCUCUGGCCCUUUGCCCUCAACUGCUUGGUGGGGAGUAGCGAGGAGAAGGAGCAUGUGGCACCCUCAUUGGAGGCUGGAGCGCUGCUGUAGAAAGUGAUCUCUUACUCAUACUUCAAGACACAGCCUAAGUAUGACCACCUGUAUGGACCCUUCCCUAAUGCCCAGGAUCAAGAAAAGAAUGUGGCCACUUUCCAAGGCUCAGAGUAGCUGUGCAAUGACCUGUGUCAAAACCCGAUCCAGAGCAGCAGUGAUGAAAUCACCCUCUCCUUUAAGACCUGGCAUUACAAUGGCCUCAUCCUGCAUGUGGGCAAGUCAGCUCUCUGAUGGAUGGUGCAAUUUCCUUGGUCAUUAACCUGAGGUCUGGGGCCUUUAAAGCUAUUGAGGAGCCAGUGAAUGGAGAAUUCGACAAUGCCUGGCAUGAUUGAGGGUGACACAUCACGGCAGAUGAUGGCUGAGGAGACGUUGCCCAGAAGUCUCAUCUUAGGUGGUUGAGUAAGAAGUUUGUGAAGCAGGUGGUGGGUGAGAUGGAGUGGGUAGACAUUCAGGUAUGGAGAUGUCAGUGUCUAACUUUCUUCUAGUCUUUGCAAUUUCACAAGGAAAAUCACUAAAAUGUGCGUCUCCUCAUUUAAAAGAAAAAAAAGUUCAUGCCAAAGCUGCUGGGACAAAGAGGACUCAUGAUAGUGGGUUAUUCCACACUGUUGACACACCGAAUGUAUGCUGGCAGAAGGGCCUCAGGUGGAAUGCUGGGCAUGGGUUUGCCCCACAGCAGUCUGAUUCAAAAGCACCUGAGAGAUGGGAGGAGUACCAGGGUUACUAAACACAAGAAGGUGUUUCAGGAGAAACAUGUCAAGCCAUUUGUUUUUGACCCUUAAUACUUAACAUGAAUGAUGAGUUGCAGAACA